AUAUGCAUCAAAGAACGCAGCGCGCGAGUCGCAAGAUGGCGGUGUCCAUGAGGCCGGGAAUAGUUAAGCUGCCCUUACGCGCUUGCUUGCAGCAGGGUGUGGAAUGUUUACUGAAUUCUGCUCGGUUGGCCCCAACCUCUGUUGUGGUCCCUGUGAGAACAAAAAGGCGGCAUUUCAUUCCCCCUUCAGUCAAUGCAAAGUAUUCUACUCCAGAAGAACAGCAAAGGCAUGCCCGGGCAGCAGGAAUUGUGAUACCCCAUGAACGUUUAGAACGCCCCAUAACUCUUCUCUGCACAGCUGGGAUCUUUGAUGCAUAUGUUCCUCCAGAAGGGGAUGCCCGCAUUUCAUCUUUGUCAAAGGAAGGACUGAAGCAAAGGGCACAGCAGGUCAAGCAGACAGCAGCUUCGCAGCUGGCAAUCCGAAAGAUCAAAGAACAUGAUCCUGACUUCAGCACCAAAACUUUUGCAGAGAAAGCCCAGACUAUCUUUAUUGAAGCUCACAAUUACUUGGCAAACUUUGACAAAGACAAACUUCACUCUUUAGUGACAGAACGAUGUUAUCCGGAAAUGGUGCAAGGAAACAGAUACAAGACGAUCCGGUGGAGUUUUCUGGAGUCUUUGGAGCCCCCUCGAGUGGUUCAUGUGCGAUGCCCAACUAUGGUGAACAAAGAAAACCUGUAUGGACAAGUAACAGUGCGGAUGCACACCCGGCAGAUUUAUCAUUUUUACCUGCAGACUUUAGCCAUCUAUGACCGGUUUGGGAGGCUAAUGUAUGGUGGGGAGCAAAUACCAAAGGAUGUCCUGGAAUACGUUGUGUUUGAAAGACAGCUGGUCAACCGGUAUGCUCAGUGGAGAUUGCACGGCAAGAUUGUUCCAGCGUGGGCUCCUCCAAAAGACCCCAUUGUCAAGACGGUUAUGAUCCCUGGACCAACCCUGGAGCCUUCACAAGAAUAUGAAGAAAUCAAUUUUCCUCAAGAGGCUCCAGCCCCACAGAAACAGUGGCACAAAUAAUCCCAAAAGAAUGAGCCACAGGUGAUUGUCUCAUCUGUGAUAUAUCCAGGUGACACAUCCAGCAGGAAAACUGCUAUUGAACAGACCUCUGCCAUGUCUCUGUUCCAGUCUCUACAAGUUUUGUGUACAGGAGUUUUUUCCCACAUUUGUCACAAGCUCUGAACUGUUUGAAAGUUUGUGGGGGUAUUUAGUAGACUGGAGAGCAUCAGUGCUGUUUUCUCUUCGGUUGUCCUCACAAGAUCAAUUGCUGUAUAUCCACAAUUAUUGGCUAAAAGGGCCUGUUACUUGUUGGGUCAGUAAAGAAUAUAUACUUGAA